AUGCGCUUCUUCGCCGGAUGCAUCAUCGCUUCCCUCGUUCUCUCUUCCGCAGCCCUCCCUACGGAGGAAAAGAGAGACCCUGAAGCCGAUUCGGGAGUAGCUAGCUACCCUCAUUACGCUCCGUACAAGGAUUACGGCAAAUACAAGAGAGAUGCCUCGCCCGAGGAGUAUGAGAGCUAUGAUCCUUACUCCUCCUACAACCCUUACGGAUACGCUCCCUAUGACGGCUACGGAGAGUACAAGAGAGACGCAGCUCCAGACGGCUACGGCCAGUACGCCCCUUACAAGGACUACGGCAAGUACGGUCCAUACAAGGACUACAGCAAAUACAAGAGAGAGGCGUCCCCUGAAGAGUAUGAGAGUUACGACCCUUACUCUUCUUACAACCCCUAUGGAUAUGCACCUUACGAGGGCUACGGGGAUUACAAGAGAGAACCCGAGGCAUCCCCAGACCAGUGA